AUAGUACUCAACUUUGACUUCUACUAGCGCUAGCUAUCUCACAAAAGUUUGUACUUGCUCAAGCUAACCUGGUCACUUCGUCAAUCAAACCUACUGUUCUGCUUGGCUCCUAUUAUACUUUUCUCUGCCUUUUCUUUUUAACUCUUAUUCGUAGUACUAUAUAUAUACAUGCAGUGUAACUCAUUGAAAGCAACAAAGGAGCUAGAAAGAGUGAGAGAGAUGGAAAAAGAUGAUAAUCUUCCUCUUUUUGAAACAAAGUCAGCCAAGGGACGAAUCCUUUUCCAAUUCUAUUCACUUUUAAUUUUCGUGGGAACAUGCUUCAUCUUCGCAUAUAGACUGAGCCACAUACCAGCAAAAGGAGAACCAGGAAGAUGGGCAUGGAUGGGAUUGUUUUUCUCGGAGCUUUGGUUUUGUUUUUAUUGGUUUGUCACUACGGUUGUCCGAUGGAACCCCAUCUAUCGUAACACUUUCAAAGAUCGCCUCUCUCACAGAUAUGAAAAGGCUUUGCCGGGCAUAGACAUAUUUGUUUGCACAGCAGACCCUGCGAUAGAACCACCAGUUAUGGUGAUAAACACAGUGCUAUCAGUCAUGGCUUAUGACUAUCCACCCGAGAAGCUAAACGUUUAUCUAUCAGAUGAUGGUGGUUCAGAUUUGACGUUUUAUGCUAUGCUAGAGGCCUCACGUUUCUCAAAGAUCUGGCUGCCGUUUUGCAAGAAGUUCAAAGUAGAACCAAGAUCGCCGGAGGCUUAUUUCCGCACAGCUGUUGAGCCACUUGGGGAGCCUGUCAUGGCCAAGGAGUGGUCAACUGUUAAGAUGUUAUAUGAAGACAUGAAGAAACGGAUUGAAAACGUCACAAAACUAGGUCGAAUAUCUGAAGAGAUAAGCAAAGAACACAAGGGAUUCAAUGAAUGGAUAUUGGUUGCAAGCCAACGUGACCAUCAAACAAUUCUUCAAAUACUUAUUGAUGGGAGAGACUCUGAGGCUAUCGACAUUCAAGGACAACCUUUACCUACCUUGGUAUACUUGGCACGUGAAAAGAGACCCCAAUACCAUCACCAUUUUAAGGCAGGAGCCAUGAAUGCAAUGAUAAGGGUGUCAUCAAGGAUAAGCAAUAGUCCAAUAAUUCUUAACGUGGAUUGCGAUAUGUACUCAAACAAUUCAAAGUCAGUUAGAGAAGCUUCAUGCUUUUUUAUGGAUGAAGUAAAGGGAAAUGAAGUUGGCUUUGUACAAUUUCCACAAGCAUUCGAGAACCUAACAAAAAAUGAUGUUUACAGCAGUUCCUUGAAUGUAAUAAUGGAGAUGGAGAUGCCAGGAUAUGAUGGGAAUGGAGGAUCUUGCUAUAUUGGUACUGGGUGCUUCCACAGAAGAGAGGCUCUUUCUGGGCAAAAGUAUAGCAAGAAUUAUAAGGUAGAUUGGAAGAGAUCGAGCAAUAGAAAUGUAGAGAAGAGUACAAGUGUACUAGAAGAGAAAUGCAAAGUCCUUGCAAGUUCUAGCUAUGAAGAGAACUCUCAGUGGGGAAAAGAGAUGGGUUUGAAGUAUGACUGUGCAGUGGAAGAUUUAUUAACGGGAUUAGCCAUGCAAUGUCGAGAUUGGAGAUCCAUAUAUUUCAAUCCAGAAAGGAAGAGCUUUCUAGGAGUUGCUCCCACAACACUACUACAGUCACUUGUACAACACAAAAGAUGGUCUGAAGGUGAUUUUCAUAUAUUUGCCUCCAGGAAUUGUCCCUUUGUGCUUGGAUAUAAAAAGAUUCCUCUAAAACUUCAACUUUCAUACUGUAUCUACUUGCUAUGGGCUCCAAACUGCUUGACUACGUUGUACUAUGUUACUGUGCCAUCUCUAUGCUUGUUUAGAGGCAUAUCCUUGUUUCCACAGAUUUCAAGCUCAUGGGUCCUAGCAUUUGUAUUUGUUAUCUUUCUCCACCGUACUUACAGCCUUGGAGAAUUUAUUUGGUUUGGGGGCACAUUCAAGGGUUGGUGGAAUGAUCAAAGGAUGUGGCUAUAUAAAAGAACAACUUCCUACUUCUUUGGCUUGUUGGACUAUAUCCUAAAACGACUAGGGUUUUCAAAGUCGGCCUUUGUCAUCACAACAAAGGUGGCUGAUGAUGAUGUGUCACAGAGAUAUAAGCAAGAGGUCAUGGAGUUUGGUACUUCUUCUCCAAUGUUUACCAUUUUAGCAACACUUGCAUUGCUAAACGCCUUUUGUUUCGUUGGUGCAUUGAAGAGGGUGAUUGCAGAUGUGGAAAUUUUGUUUUGGGAACGAUUUGCAUUGCAGAUUCUUCUAUGUGGUCUGCUAGUUUUCAUCAACCUUCCAGUUUACCAAGGUCUUUUCUUCAGGAAAGACGUUGCUAGCCUGCCCACCUCUGUAACAAUCAAAUCAACUAUGUUUGCUCUAUUGGCUUGUGCAAUAACCCUAUUAUAAUUUCUAUGUUUGUGCCUUGUAAAACUUCCGUUGGUUAAGAUAUAGUUAAUUUGAUGGAACCAUAUAUUGUCAAAAUAAUUAUUGGAUCGGAAUUGAUUAGAAUUUGAUUUUUUAUGUA